UAUUUUUGUUCUGACACACAAAUGUUUUCUUGAUUGUCAUUGAUCCCCUAUUCAUAAUCUAAGAUGAGUGUCCUAUAAUGAAUAACAUGUUGAAAACAAGAUACAUUUAUGUUCUAUGAUUAGCUUCAUUUAUUUUAUUUAUUUUUCAUUCUAGCAGCAUAAGGUCAACGCAAAAUCAAAAGGUAGACGGCGGAAGCGCGCACCACUGCGCGCGCACAGCUGUCAGCACCAAGGACAGCCGCAGCCCCAAGCGUCGCAUCAGUCUGAUAAUCACUUCACAGCAAAACCCCGCACAGAGCCCACGGAGGACCAGGAGAGGGAUACACAGCGCAUAAAGGAAAACGCAUACACCGCAAAAUAUGCUCUGACUCGUUUCUAUCGACAUUGGAAAAAAGAAAAUGGUGGAAAUUGACAAAGAAAAUCAAAAUGUUUGAAGAAAGACUGCUGACAAUUACGAAGAUAAUCCAACAGCGGUUGAGGUCCUGACCAUGAACAUUCCUCCGCAUUUCCCAUAAAUCAGCUGUCCAGAUUUUCCACAUUGUACAGGGGGACGGUGGUUCCUGUCUUUUUAACCGGGUGAACCGUGCAGUCCAGAAGCCGGGCAAGCCGACCCGCCAACACGAGGGAGAGACGCAACCGGGGUCCUCUGUGCGGUUUGAUCGUUCACACGAUGCGUCUGUUUCUGCUGGCGGUGUUCCUCUCGUGCUCCUGUGCGCGGGGCGGCUGCGAGCCGAAGAUAGUGAACAUCGGAGCAGUCCUGAGUCAGAAGAGGUACGAGCAAGUCUUUAAGGAUGCGGUGACCCAGGCGAAUCAGAUCUACGGGAGAGAUAAAUUCAAGUUGACCGCCAUCUCCGUAACGCACAAACCCAACGCUAUCCAGAUGGCUCUCUCCGUCUGCGAGGACCUCAUCUCUAACCAGGUGUAUGCCAUCCUAGUGAGUCAUCCUCCCCAGUCCAAUGACCACCUCACCCCCACGCCUGUGUCCUACACCGCAGGCUUCUACCGCAUCCCUGUGGUGGGCCUCACCACGCGCAUGUCCAUCUACUCCGACAAGAGUAUCCACUUGUCCUUUCUGCGGACUGUCCCCCCGUACUCCCACCAGGCUCACGUGUGGUUCGACAUGAUGCGAGAGUUUCGAUGGAACCACAUCAUCCUGAUUGUCAGCGAUGACCACGAGGGGCGGGCCGCGCAGAAGAGACUGGAGACCCUACUGGAGGAGAGGGAAACAAAGAAUAAAAAAAGGAACUAUGAAAACCUCGACCAACUGUCCUAUGACAACAAGCGAGGACCUAAGGCAGAGAAAGUCCUCCAGUUCAGCCAGGAGACUAACUUAACUGCUCUGCUUCUGGAAGCCAAAGAGCUGGAGGCUCGUGUCAUCAUCCUCUCCGCCAGUGAAGAGGACGCUGCUGCAGUUUACAAGGCUGCCCGUUUCCUCAACAUGACGGGCUCGGGUUACGUGUGGCUGGUGGGAGAGCGGGAGAUGUCGGGUAAAGCCCUGAGUGAGGCACCAGAUGGUCUCAUCGGCCUCCAGCUCAUCAACGGCAAGAACGAGUCGGCCCACAUCAACGACGCAGUGGCAGUGGUGGCUCAGUCCAUCCAGGAGCUCUUUGAGAAGGAGAACAUCACGGAGCCGCCCAAAGGCUGUGUGGGAAACACCAACAUCUGGAAGACCGGGCCCCUCUUCAAAAGGGUUCUGAUGUCAUCAAAGUACCCAGAGGGCCUCACUGGACGUGUGGAGUUCAAUGAUGAUGGCGACAGGAAGUAUGCUCACUACAGCAUUCUCAACUACCAGAAGAGUCGACUCAUUCAAGUUGGGAUUUACAAUGGAACACAGGUGGUGAUGAAUAAUCAGAGGAAGAUCAUCUGGCCGGGGGGAGAGACAGAGAAACCGCGGGGCUUUCAGAUGUCCACAAGACUAAAGAUAGUGACCAUACACCAGGAGCCUUUUGUGUAUGUGAAGCCCACUGAGCAGGAUGGAACCUGCAAGGAGGAAAAAACAUUAAAUGGAGUGGCAGAUAUUAAAAAGGUGAUCUGCACUGGACCAAAUGAGACCAUCCCAGGACGUCCAAUUGUACCUCAAUGUUGUUAUGGAUUCUGUAUCGAUCUACUUAUCAAGUUGGCCGGAACCAUGAACUUUACCUAUGAGGUGCACCUGGUGGCUGAUGGGAAAUUUGGAACACAGGAGCGGGUGAACAACAGCAACAAGAAAGAGUGGAAUGGCAUGAUGGGAGAGCUCCUGGGGGGUCUGGCAGAUAUGAUCGUUGCCCCGCUGACGAUAAACAACGAACGAGCCCAGUACAUUGAAUUCUCCAAACCUUUUAAGUACCAAGGACUAACCAUCCUCGUUAAAAAGGAAAUCCCUCGCAGUACACUGGACUCGUUCAUGCAGCCGUUUCAGAGCACACUGUGGCUGCUGGUGGGUCUUUCGGUGCAUGUGGUGGCGGUGAUGCUUUACCUACUAGACCGGUUCAGCCCGUUUGGGAGGUUUAAAGUAAACAGUGAAGAAGAAGAAGAAGACGCCCUCACCUUGUCGUCAGCCAUGUGGUUCUCCUGGGGAGUUUUGCUUAACUCCGGUAUUGGGGAAGGCGCGCCGCGCAGCUUCUCAGCGAGAAUCUUGGGCAUGGUGUGGGCCGGCUUUGCCAUGAUCAUAGUGGCAUCGUAUACUGCCAACCUGGCAGCCUUCCUGGUGCUGGACCGGCCUGAGGAGCGCAUCACCGGCAUCAACGACCCGAGGCUGAGGAACCCAUCAGACAAGUUCAUCUACGCCACUGUGAAGCAGAGCUCUGUGGACAUCUACUUCCGGCGGCAGGUGGAGCUUAGCACCAUGUACCGCCACAUGGAGAAGCACAACUACGAGAGUGCCGCUGAGGCUAUCCAGGCCGUGCGCGACAACAAGCUGCAUGCUUUCAUCUGGGACUCUGCGGUGCUGGAGUUUGAAGCCUCGCAGAAGUGCGACCUGGUGACCACGGGAGAGCUGUUUUUCCGUUCGGGCUUUGGCAUAGGCAUGCGCAAGGACAGCCCCUGGAAACAGAAUGUGUCCCUGGCCAUUCUCAGUUCCCAUGAGAAUGGCUUCAUGGAAGAUCUAGAUAAAACCUGGGUGAGAUACCAGGAGUGUGACUCACGGAGCAAUGCCCCAGCCACACUCACCUUUGAGAACAUGGCAGGAGUGUUCAUGCUGGUGGCUGGAGGCAUAGCAGCAGGGAUCUUCCUCAUCUUUAUUGAGAUCGCCUACAAGCGGCACAAAGACGCCCGCAGGAAGCAGAUGCAGCUGGCCUUUGCGGCCGUCAACGUCUGGAGGAAGAACCUGCAGCCCUCUUCCUCUCUAGAGACUCAGGAUGAUAGGAAAAGUGGUAGAGCAGAGCCCCCCGACCCCAAAAAGAAAGCCUCUUUUAGGUCCAUCAGUACCUCCCUGGCCUCCAGCAUCAAGAGACGUAGGUCGUCCAAAGACACGCAGUACCCACCCACCGACAUCACGGGCCAGCUCAACUUGUCCGACCCAUCUGUCAGCACAGUGGUGUGAGAGGGACAGAAGGAGAGAGAGAGGGGGGGGGUGAACGGAGAGAGCCUUCCCCCAGAUCGCUGCAUUGUUGGAUCCAUCACUGCUGAAGCUUUUUGUCCCAUUGGCUUUGCAGUGGAGAAAUGGAGCCUACGUCUAAGAAAGGACUCCCCUGAUCAUAUUCUCUGAUCAUGGCACCUGUUACAGCUGUCUGGCAUUAGUUAGCUCUAGGGUUCUGAGCUUACUGACACAUACUGUGUUUUUAUCUGUUUUCUCUAUUCAUGCUCAAUUUAUGCUUAAAACAGUCCAAUCUUUGUCUAAUUUACUUACUGCAGACAUAGUGAUGCUGGAUACUACUACUAUUUAAUAUAUCUACAUGAUACAUUUUACUGUUUUAAAAAUCUUGUUUAGUUAGAUUACUUAAGUAUACAAACAAGUUAAGUUCUGUACAUAUCAUUUAACUUACAAGGAGGGACUAUAACACGUAUUAUUAUUUCACAGUAUUUAACAGCAGGAGGUGGCAGGUAGUUUAACGGAUUAGGGUUAGUUAGGCCAGUAACCGAAAGGUCGCUGGUUUGAAUCCUCAAGCUGACUAGGUGAAAAAUCUGUCGAUGGUCCUUGAGCAAGGCACUUAAGCCUAAUUGCUCCUGUAAAUUGCUCUGGAUAAGAGCCUCUGCUAAAUGACUAAAAUGUGAACAGCAUAAUAGGUACACUUUGCUGGAUAACAACUACAGCAUUUUAUUAAGAAAUACUUAUUUUAACUCCAUGUUUAAACAUUUUAGAUAUGUCUUUGUUAAAUUGGACACGUUUAAAUAGUGAGAUAUUAACUUUUGUGACAAUGUAAUCCUUAAAAGCAGCAAUUCUAAAGAUGGAAGCAUGCAUGUAUUGUAAAUGCAUAGAUGCAACUGAAUAUUUAUGUAACUAAUGUCCAUGGUGUUAAUAUUGCUGCUGCUGUUUGUUGGAAUACUCCGUGGCACUUUACAACACACUUAAAACCAUUUUCUAAUCACUCACAGUUCUCUGAGAUACAAAAAUGGUGAACUUUGUUUACAUUGUAUUGUUUGCCCCUUAAUCAUUUUAUAACUGUCUGCCAAAUGCAUGCUUGUAUAUAUUAUAUCCAGCCAGUAUUAUCCUUUGGUGCCGCUUGAAAACAUUCUGCCUGUAAUGUAAUGUUCACAUUUACCUGUAUUUGGUCCAAUGAGGUCCUUACACCUUUGAUAUUGGGAAAGUGGCAAUGCUCUAUUCUUAUUUGAAAGGGAUUUUUAGUCACGAAUCUAAUCAAAACUACAGGAAAUACUCUCAAAGGGGUGCACAUUUUUGCUUUUUCCCUAGCACUACACACCUGAUUCAAAUAACCAACUCAUCAUAAGCCUUUGAUUGGUGGAAUCAUGUGUGUAGUCCUAGGGCAAAAACAAAAAUGGGAAUCCUUUUGGGUCCCCAGGACCAGGAUGAAGAGAAACAUUCUCUAAGUCAUUGUUUUCUGCCAUAUGUUUGGGAACCCCCCUCUAUCUUCCUCUUCGCUGUCCUCAGUCUUUCUCAUCGCCAGUGUCAAGGGGUUGCAUCAAAGGGCCAGGUUUUUCACCCAACCAGCACUUGGUCUUUCAUGCAAAACCUCCCUGUGCACGGCAGUCUAUCUUCAAUUUGCUCUUUGAGAUCUUUUACAUGAAAGGAACCCAUGUGAAUUGAUAACUCAGCUUAACUUGCAGUCUUGGUGCUGUGAGGUUAGGCACCGUUAUCUUGGUUAAAUGCAAAACGGGCCAUUUCCCAGGCUCUGAUGUUGAGAAACAAAGACAAAGUGUGGCAUGUUGAAACAAAGACUACAGUACCAUUCUGGCACGGCAACGCACAGCAUUUUAACCUGAGGGCUUCCCCAUACUGUUCCCAUCAACAAGGCUAAUUUGAAAUAUGAUUAUGUAUUCAGUAUGCAAGUACAUACAAAUGUAUAUGAAUAAGAGUAGAAAACAGCUCAGAAGAGAGAUCAUGGUCUAAUUGUUAUAGUAUGAUCCACAGCACAAAAUGGUUAAAUCAACGUUGUUUCAACGUAAUUUGUCAACGUAUUGUGAUGUGGAAUCUAUGUGGAAAAUACAUUGGAUUCGAAAAAGUUAUCAACUGUUAUUUUGAGGGUGACAUUUCAACCACAGAAUUAUGUCAUCAUUGUAACAAAAUUUCCACAUAGUCAACCUUGAAUAAAAUAUGUUGAAUUUGAAACAACAUCAGAUCUUCAAUGUUAUAUCCAUGUCAGAAAAAAAACAACAGGCUGGGCUGUACCUGGUACUGGAGAGUUGAUCCAGCUACCCGUUGGUCCAGGGUUUUAACCAAGCCCAGCCCUGCUUAGCUUUGAUAUUUUCCACUGACUACUACCAAUAUGCUAUCGUGAGAAUGAUUGUUGAGAGAUCUCUUAAUAGCUAAAUAGAUUCACUGUUGCAAUCAAAGUAAUUCCAAAGGUCAUAUAAGCAAUGUCGUCCCCCCCCCCCAAAAUCCCGGCACUGAGCAAAUUUCAGGUUUUCUGAGCUCAAACUUGAAUGUUGUGAAAAUUCUGUGUAACUUCCAGCACGCGUUUACUGUGAACACUGAGGCUGUACCCGCUUUAAGUUACAGUUUUAACAGUGGCCAAGUAGGCUACUGUGGCUAUUUGAUCAUAAUGUUGGCCUACCAGAGUGGCCUACCAUCAAAAACAAUGAAGAAAUACAUCUCAUAAUAUUUUAACAUGGAAAUAGCUGUUCUAUCAUUCAGCCUACAGUAGCAGCCAAUAUGUGGUGGUCAAUGUAGGUCUACAUUCCAUGCAGGGCUUGACAUUAACCUGUUUAUCCUCUUGUCCUUCAGAAAAGGAGGUGACUGAAAAUGUUUUUGUGUUGUUUGAUGUAACAAAAGAAAAUGUGUUAUUAUUUCCAUACCAUUAUUACAGAGAAUCAGACAAAUUAUGCUACCCUCUGCUUAUUGGCUACUUAGCUUAUUCAAGCCUGUCUCAAUAUACAAAACUGCCCCUUUAAGACAAAAAAAGCUCUUUACCUGACUCGCUUUUCAAAGAUGUCUAGGAAUAUGCACGUUUUGUGGUCUUAUAGGAAGCAAUCACUCCCCUAUUGCUGACUACAAAUUAUCUAUAACUGGGCUAAUAACUCACUAACUAGCAAAGGAUAUGAACAAAAUGUGCACAAGUGGCUACAUACAGCUCUUGCUUUGAUCUCAAAACAAGUGCAUCUACUCAAGACCACAGCUGUAAACACAGUCCAGUUCAAAGUAAACGGCACAGAUCCAUAUAUGCCAAUGGUCUAUUUGUAUAUAGGCCUACUACAGCUCUGAUUGGUUAUGCCGCAUGGGUCUGUGUAGUGUACAGGCUUAGUCGUGUGCAAUAGAAUCCUACUCCGAUGAGGUCUGCCUACAACAAAAUCUCUUGCAUAGUUAGUUUUGUUUCAGGAUGUUGCAUUAAAAGUGGCUAAUAUUGCGUUGAUUUGACCACAAUUGGCACAGUAAAGGGAAAUGUUGAUAGUGUUAACUAACAGGGAAAACUCUCGACAAACUGGAUAUUGAAUUGUGUUUAGUUGUCAACACAACCAAAUAUCAACAUUUGAAGGAGAUGUAUCUUCUGCUUUGGUAUUCCCAUCUGUGCCACUGACAUAGUUUGGCUUGAAUUCCAGUUUGCCUACAAAUAAAAAAUGCAUUUGUUGGAUUCAUGUCCCCUUCUCAACCAAACUUUAAAUAAAGUUUGAUUUGAUUUAGUCCCAUUCUUUAAAUUCUAUUUUUGUUUUAUAUGGAUACAAACUGGAAUUAAAGACAAACUACUGGCACAAAAGAUACAUAUUUUUGAAAUGUUGAUAUUUGGUUGUGUUGACCAAACACAAUUCAAUAACACUUUAGCAAUACAGCAAAUAGCCUAAAGUUAACACUAUCUUACAAACUAAUAUAACAGUAUUUAUUCAAUGUUAAAAUUAGUAACACACCAAUGGCCACAUUUUGAGGUUACUGUACUAUAAAUGUCCUCUUAUGUCAUCAUAGAAAGUGUGCAUGUUCAAGAUGAUAGCAUGCAAAGGUUGCAGGUCUGUGGAGAGCUUCACAAUUGCUAUAAUAACAUGCAGAAUCUCGAACAGCAUUGAUCAGUUCCACCAUUUUUUAUGUAAUCUCAAUUGCAAUCCAGGUCAUUUGGUUGUGCUAUUACAUGAAGCGCAGUGAUAACACAUUAUAUUGUUGUAUAAAUACAGAUUAUCUGACAUUGUUUUUCCAUUUGAAUUUGGUUGGGCUUUUAGAUGGUUGAAAGCAUAGUAAUAACACUUUUGGAAUUCAACACAUUUCUGGCUGUCUUUUUGAGUGGCUCUCAAACAAAUAUUACCCAAAUGUCAUACAAACAGAAAAAAAGUAAUUAAUAAUUGUAUGAAUUUGUUUGGUGACAAAGUUUUUGUAGAAACACAUAGAUUGUAGUACUUCACUGGAGAAACAGUUAACACAUUUGUUAAUAUAUAGCACUAAAACAGCAUUUAAUUUAUGAAUGUGAAAUUUGAUCAUUUAAAUAGUUGCUUCUAGUCAUUUUCUCAUUCUGGCCAAUGCAUGCUUAAGUGUUUUUAUCAGUAUUGUUUUUUUGGUUCUUGAAUGCUUAUUGAUAUUGACCAUACAGAUUAUGUUUAGUUUUCUGAAAUGCAUACUUUGACUGCAAUGUAAAUAUAAUUUGGUUUGUUAUUGAUGAAGAUGAGGAGAUUGACAUUCUAGUACCACAAGUGCAAUACAAUGUCACGCACACACAAACACACACUCAAACACUGUAUACAUUUUGAAGUUUUACCUCCUCAAUUACGAAGAUGAUAUAAAAAGAUUUUAAAUUAAAUUAUCUUGUUUGUAUAGAUGCACUUGUAAAUAAAAUCUACCUAUUGCCAAA